GAGGCUGCAGAAGGCAAGCAACACCCACCAUAGAUAUGGAGCACCUGGAGGACCUCCUGAAGGACCAUGUGAGGAAGGUGGGGCACUCCCAGGCUUUUCAGUUUGGCAAGUAUCUGAGCAUCAGCAAGGCACAAGCUAUCAAUGCUGGAGCCCUACUAGCUCAGGAAGACUUCUUGUUGAAGUUGAUGGCAGUGAGUGAUGGGCUCCUUUUCAACUACAAGGAUUUGAAAGAAGGGUUCACCCAAGUGUGCAGAGCUUUCCCUGGCUUGAAGGAAAGCUUUGAUUUGGAGAUGAGGUCAACACUGGGUGGGAAGUUGGCUGAAUCAACCAUGACUAUGUGCACACACAUGCGAAGACUGAGAGUGCCCCAGAAGUUUCAAGAGGCUUGCAGUACCCUCAGUGACUGGCAAGUUGAAAAGCUGGAAGGGUUGAGGGCAGCAUUUGGUGUGGACACAGAUAAAGGGCCAAAUGGGAAAAGUGGUGCUUCAGGGUCAAAGGCAAAGAAGGAAGAAGAAUCAAGAGAAGAAGAUGAGGAAGGAAGCUGUGAGACCCAAGAUUUGUUGGAUUUGGAAGUCCCCAGAACUCCUGGAAAGGAUGGCCCCAGCUUGUUGGAUGCUGCCCUGCAGGUGUCACCUGUGCCUGCCAGGAAGCAGAACCUCAAAGCUGCCAUGGGCUUGAAGAAGCCUGCUGCAGCUGGGAGCAAGAAGCCUGCAGGCAAGAUUUUGAAGGAGAUCAACAAGAAGAGUAAGAUAGCAAAGGCAAAGGUGAACAAGGACAAGGUCGACUACAAGGAAGCUGAGAUGAGGCUCAUGCCUUAUAGGAAGACAACUGCUGUGGCAGUGGUGGCAAAGGGUGUUGGGCAGCUUUUCCAGGUGGUGACUUUCAAGAAUGUCGAGAAGAACAGCAAGGCUGCAAGGAAGCUCAUGGAGAUGCUGAAGAAGGGUAGCUCCUUAGCUGAUGUUUUGGCAGCCAAGGCUACUCAGGCCACCCAGCCUCAGACCACUCAGGCCACCCAGCCUCAGGCUGCCCAGCCUCAGGCCACCCAGCAGGCUGCCCAGCCUGCCCAGCCUGCACAGACUGCUGACUUCAACCCCAGCCAGGGUGGGCUGCAGAGCAAGAGCUACAGAGAGAUGCUGAGGCAGCUCCACCACCAGAAGGCACCUGAGAUGGCCUGGAAUGAAUUCCAGGAUCGGCUGGGAAUGGCAGCUAGUGAGAGGAUGGAGUUGGGAUGGCUGAAGGAGGACAGCCUGAGAGUACACCUGAGGAAGGCCUACCACAAGUAUGUGGAGGAGAAGCAGGGGAAGGGAAUGGCCUCUGCCUUUGACACCUUCCUGGAGGAGAUGAUCGACUACAUGGACAACCAGGUCCAGGAAGAAGAUGAAGCCAUGGGAACAGGACCCAGAGGAUACUUGGUAUGGGUUCCAGAGGAAGACAGUGAGGAGGAGAGCAAGGAAGCUGAGAAGGUGGCUGAGGAGCUCAUGCCCAAUGUGCCUGAGUAUAAAGAUGGGAGCCUGGACCCAUCUUUUUGGGAAGAGCACUGGAACCUCUUCAAGCAGUGUGGUGAGUGCAAGGAGUACACCUAUGUGAACAAGAACCACAUGCUGAGAGCGCCAGGAUGCAGAGGCUGCAUGAAAGCAGAAUGCAAUGGGAACAGAAAAAAUGGCAAGAAGAACCUGCUCAAGCUCCUGGCGAAGUACCAUGGCGAGUCAUGGGUGAUGCAGUACUGCAAGUCCAAGGAAGGCAUAUUGAAAAUUGCAAGCCCAAAGGUCCAAGGAAGGCAUAUCUGGGAGAACUACACAGAAGCCAUGGGUUUGAAGAGGCCUAGCUCCAAGGUGGAAAACAAAGUGGCCAAGAAGCCAGCAGCAAAAGUGACAAAGGUGGCAAAGUUCAAGAAGCCAGCAGCACAGACUGGGAAGAAGGGAAUUUUGAAGGGAAAGCAGAAGGAAGUUGAGAAAGACAAUGGUGAGGAAGGGGAGGAGGAAGAAAUGCUCACUGAUGAUGAAGUUGUACACACAGUCACAUCCAAAAACCUGAAGACACACCAGCAGCUGCUGGAUGCCAAGCUCUGCUCAGCCAAGGAGAUUGACAAGGCCCUUGCCAAACUCCCUGCAAAUGAGGUCCAGAGCCUGUGGAAGAAGUUUGAGAAGAAUAGGCAGAUGGCUGGAGCUGAGAGCUCCUACAAGGAAGCCACCAAAGGAACUGGAAGCCAGGAGAGGAAGCACAAGCUGCUGAGGUCCUUCAUCCUUGAUGGAGGGUCCAUUGCCAAGAACUACAAGGAGGCCAUGCUGGUCUAUGAGAAAACUGAUGAGAAGGGAGGCAUGGUGAAGUUCAACACAUGGAAGCAGCAGGUGGACAAAUAUGGAAAGGCUGAAGCCAUGAGCAGGCUGAAAGCAGGAACAAUGAAGUUUCGCAAGUCACCCACAGACCCAAGGUUCUUCGAGUUUGCUGAUGAAAGUGAAUAUGUCAAGUGGAAGGCCAAGAAAAGCCAGACUGUGGCUUACAAGACUGACAAACACAAGGCUGGAAAAGAUGACUGGCUCAGCAUGGAGAACCUCAACUUGGAAGAUGUUGGGGAUGCCAGCUUUGCCUUAGCUGGCAAUCAACUGGAUGACAUGGAGAUCGAGCCUGAGCUGAAGGACUUCUUCAAUAAGCAGCUCUCUGUCAAAGAUGAUGAGGACAAGGAUACGAAGAAACAGAAGGAAAAGGAAGAGGCCAAGGAGAAGAAGAACAAGUGGGAAGAGAUGAGCACUGUCAGCAAGGAUGACAACAAAAGCACUUUGCUCAAGAAGCUGCUGGCAUUCAAGGCAGAACUUUGCAAGGAUGAAGGUGCCUUGCAGGAGGCGAAGUUGGAUAUGAAAGGCAAAGCUGGCUGCAAGGAUGAAUUGAAAAUCCUGAGCUCUGCCCUGACAGAAGUGCAGACCUGCCAGAAAAAGAUAGAGAAGGCCAUCAACAGUGGAAGCAAGAAGGAAGAAAGCAAGAAGGCAUUGUUGGAGAGCUUGGCAGCCUUGGAGAAGAGCAAGAAAUGCAAGAAGUUGGUAGCAGGACCACCAAAGAAGAAGGCUAAAAAAGAAGAGGAGGAGGAAGACUGCAAUCACAGCACCAUGGCCAAGAGAAGGAAGAUUUUGUAUGUGAAGGGGGAGGAGACAGCAAACCCCAGGUAUGCACACUGGGUUCUGGACCCCAAUGAAGAUAGCCAGGUGCUGAUACCACCUAGUCCAGAAGUUGUGGAGACUGAAGAAGAAGAAGAAGGGCAAGGUGGUGAUCAUGCAGGCAUGAGGCCCAAGGAAAACAUAGCAAAUAUGCAAGGAAAAAAAAGGAAACAUGUGCCUGACCCUGGCGAUGAGAUGCAGCUCACCUCCUCUUUGGCAAUCAUGCUGCUCAACAAAUUUUGCUGGGGGAGAAUCAGUGCCUGUGAAGUGCAGCAGUAUGCUGCUGCAGCAAUGAUGAGUGGUGCAAGCGGACAGGACCUCCACACUCUGGCCAAACUUGGAGGCAGUGGUUUUGCCAAGCAAAAUUGCCACAGGGACUUGGUCAGGGCUUUCUUUGGUGGCAUGUCUUCGCCACAGCCAGUGCAGGUGGCCACUGUGGUCAGAGUUAAGAAUGCUGAGGGACUUGUGCUGGAGAAAGAGAAAGAUUUACCUGUAAUAUUGCCUGAGGCAUGGGUGGAUACACUGCAGAACAAGAACCUCUUGCAAGAAUUGACAUGCAGCCAGAAAACUUUGAAGGAGUUCUGGUUGAAACAGGUGGAUUCAUUGCUGGUUGUGUCAAUGAGAUGCGCAAUCUCUGGUGUGGCCAUCAAACAAUCUCAGCUGCUACUGACUUGCCUCCCCAAGAGUGCAGGAACUGCUUCUUCGAUGAAGCCUAUAUGGGAAGCAAUUGCUGGCAGCCUCAAGAAGAUGGCAGAAGCAGGAAAAGGAGUUCUGUUUGUGGUGGCAGGAGAUUUGGAAUGGUUCUCCAGUGACUUUGGGUGGCCCACUGCCAUGAGCAACAACCCAUGCCCAUAUUGCCUUUGUGACAACUACUUUGAGGAGGAGAAGAGCGUGCGGCCAUUUACAGAUUUCAGGAAAGAUGCAACUUGGAAAUCUACUUUGAGGAGUGUGUCAGCACCACCACCAGUAUCACAUCCCUUAUUUGGAGUGCCAGGAACUUCCUUCUGGAGCAUGAAAUUGGAUCUGUUGCACCUUGUAGACCUUGGAGUGGCAUCCCACAUUUAUGGGAACCUCUUGGCAACCAUCGUCAAGAGCCUUCCUAUGGGAAAGAAAAGGGCUUUGGUGGAAGUCAACAAGAUGGUGGCCAUGAGAUAUGAGGAACUUGAAACCCCAGCAGGGGAAAGAAUACCCAGACUCAAUGUGUCAGACAUCUUUGGUGAUGAGUUCCCUUGCCUGAAACAUGUGAAAGGGAGGAGAGUCAGGAAAUUUGCCACUGUGGCGACACUGUUGGCUGGGACCCUGGCUACAAACACAAAAGGAAAACACAUGGAAGCUUUGUGCAAGGCCAUGGAGGAAGCCUAUGACCUUUGUGACUUGAAGGAGUAUGUUUGGGACAAGAAGGUGGGACAGCAGUUUCAAGAGAAGACUGAGGCAAUCCUAGGACACUAUUCAUGGCUGGCAAAGAAUAGCAUGAAGAGUGCAGAAUGUAUGUGGAGCCUGGUGCAGAAGCACCACCUCAUGGCUCAUUACCCAGCACAGUGCCAAUACUUGGCACCAAGGAGCUGCUGGGCAUAUGGAGGAGAAAGCUUCAUGUCCCUGAUGGUGGCAGUUGCUGGGAGCAGUGUGAAAAGCACACCUGCAUGGAUGCUCCCUUCCAAGGUUCUAGCCAAAUUUGAAUACGCUUUUCACUUGAUGCUG